UCGCGCGCUGGCCUCUAGAUGACCAACAAGCCCCGGCAGCAGCAGCAGCGAGUGCAGAUAGCUUGAAGCUAACGCCAGCUAUCAUAACAUUAUCAGCACCCGUCGGGGGGGUUUAAUCGGCCGUUGGGUUGCUCGCUCGCCAGAGGCUGGAUUCACUGGCCAAACAUGCAGAAAUAUGAAAAGCUUGAAAAAAUCGGGGAGGGCACCUAUGGGACCGUUUUCAAGGCUAAAAACAGAGAAACCCACGAAAUCGUGGCUCUGAAAAGGGUCCGGUUGGACGACGACGACGAGGGGGUGCCAAGUUCUGCUCUGAGAGAAAUCUGCCUUCUGAAGGAACUGAAGCAUAAAAACAUUGUCAGACUACACGAUGUCCUGCACAGCGACAAGAAGCUCACCCUGGUGUUUGAAUAUUGUGAUCAGGAUUUAAAGAAGUAUUUUGACAGCUGCAAUGGGGAUCUGGAUCCUGAAACUGUGAAGUCCUUCAUGUACCAGCUGCUGAAAGGCCUCGCUUUCUGUCACAGUCGAAACGUUCUUCAUCGAGAUCUGAAGCCACAGAAUCUGCUCAUCAACAGAAAUGGAGAGCUGAAGCUGGCUGACUUUGGGUUGGCUCGCGCCUUCGGCAUUCCCGUCAGGUGUUACUCUGCAGAGGUGGUGACUUUGUGGUACCGGCCUCCGGAUGUGCUGUUUGGGGCAAAGCUUUAUUCAACCUCUAUUGACAUGUGGUCUGCUGGAUGCAUAUUUGCUGAGCUGGCCAAUGCGGGGAGACCUUUAUUCCCCGGGAACGACGUGGACGACCAGCUGAAGAGGAUCUUCAGGUUGUUGGGUACUCCGACCGAGGAGCAGUGGCAGACGAUGACGAAGCUGCCCGAUUACAAGCCGUAUCCCAUGUAUCCUGCCACCACCUCGCUGGUGAACGUGGUUCCCAAACUAAGUAGCACAGGACGGGAUCUACUGCAGAACCUGUUAAAAUGUAACCCUGUCCAGAGGAUCUCUGCAGAAGAGGCCUUGCAGCACCCGUACUUUGCCGAUUUCUGCCCCCCCUAAUCGCUAAACGGUUACUCGCCUGAACGCCGCCCCCAGAAUCAGUGGUCCUUCAGUCUGAACUCCACGAGGAUCGCUCACAAACACCCCCCCCCUUCAUUCUGCUGUGCCUCUGGGUGGAAAGUCCUGUUGGCGCCGUGAGGUUUAGCUCUUUAAAAGCCUUUUUGCAUUUGCUACACUGGCACGUCUGAGGUAAUUAGCACUGUGUGUUGCAUUGAUUCCAUUUUAGACUCGUGGAACAAGACGCCCCAUUAAAUGCUCCCGUUAAUAGUUCAUAAAACGUAAUGAUGAACUAUAUUGGCCAUAAAACACAAAUGAUGUAUUUAUUUUGAUGAGGAUCAUAUAAAUCUAGUUAUUAGAGAACUGCCUGGGUGGACAGAAUAAUGGUGACGCUGUUUCUCAGUGAUCUGAGACGCAUCAGUGUAGCAGUCUGUCCCUUACAGAAAACACAUGUGGCUUCUGCUGCAUCUUUUGGGCGACGAGAGACCACCGAUUUCUGGGGGCAGCGAAUGUUAACAUCACUAUUUCAAAGUUAAAUUAAAUUAAUUCAUGUGUAAGUUUUGGAAUCCCAAGUAAGGGUAUUCAUCAUUUCAUUCAUUUCAAAGGUUUUGAAUCAAUUUGACAUUUUUAGGAUUUGUAUUUUUUUGUAUGACUUUAUUAUACAAGUCUGUGAUUUCCAAACUACUGUAUGUGAUUUGGUACUAACUUCUUUCCUUGACAGAAUUACUUCAUUAUCAAUUUCUAUUAAUAUUGACAAAGUAUUCCUAUUGGAAACUAUUCCCCAUUCAUACGAACUGUGACGCUUAACAUGUUCACUUCGUCUGCUUUGAACGGACUAAAAACCAUUAAAAUGACUAAUUGGUAGCAAGUGUAGCAGCGGAGCAGUAAUCAGCACCAAACCACAUACUUAUUUCCAGGAGAUUAUUACGCAAUUACAGACCUGUAAAUUACACGGUUACAUUUAGUUUUUACUUACAAUCGACGUCGUUCUCACCAACAGUAACACUCUUUGUCCCAUUUCCUUUCACACGAUUGUAAAAUAGCACGAGAAGCUAAUUUAUGAUAUUAUUUUUUCUCAGGCUUUUUAAUUUUCCCUUUUGUAUUUGUCUUUUGUGCACUUUGUUACUUUUAUUUUAAUGUUUAGUAUAUGAGUAUUAAAUGUGGUGAACACUGACGGAUGGAUUAUAGCCGGUUAUCAACACACACACACACACACAUCUAGAUAUGUGUGUGUCCAUUAGUGACACAUGACUUUGUUUUUUUAACAUCAUCUGUAUCAUAAUUAAUCUUUUAGCUUUAUUAAAAUGCUUUUGUAAUUGUUAAAAUAGAAGAAUCCAGAGAAUCGACGGAGAAUCUGUAUUUUCAUACAAUUGUUUUGCACCAUCGGCUGUUUCCAUCCCGGUAACUUAUUUUACUGACGUUGUUAAGAGCUCUCGGUGUUAUUUGACAGCCGGCGUGACGAGUUGUGUUUGACGAACAGGGAAAGGAUUUAUGUUCGUUUUGCUGAGGAUGUAACCGGGGUAACGGAUGCAUGUAUUUAUUAAUCUGCCCAUUUGUGUCGCAUUCGUUCAAAGGCACCGCGGCUUCAUUCGGUACAGAAACUCCUUCUCAAUGAUUUAAUGUGACUCGGAUCAAAAAGAAGAAGCAUCUUUUAGGACUUAAAUGUCUAACGGUUGUGUGUGUGUGUGGAUCAAGUUACACUGAUGAAAACAAGGCAUUUCCUCCUGAUGACGGCACAUUUCAGACACACUGCUUGGUUUUCAAUGAACGAUGGAUUUUUGCACUUUGUUUGGUCUUUUUGGUGUCCAUGUCAGCCAGUACGAUGAGCAGAGAGGACAUAAAGACGUUUCUGCUUUUGAUAUUGCCGGUUCAUUCUUGACCUUUUUGGUGCGUGAAGUGUGAGCUGCAGCGGCUCUUCUCCUCCCGUCCCCCUCCCGUCAGGCUGAAGGAACGACCCCCAAAAGCCUAAAAUGAGUCCAAAUUCUGCUCUUCUGGUGACGUCGACUCGCCGGCGUUUUUGUUGUUUGGUUGGACGCCUGAAAUAAGGUCUUUGGUUAAAGCAAAUUGAACAGAUGUGAAUGUUUUGCUGUAAUAUAUCAAUCAUGAUACGUUUGCGUAAUAAAAAGAGGCGUUGCUGCGUGACUGAAAACAAA